AUUUAAGACCAAUCGACCUUCGUGUCUCUUUAAGGGUUAGAUCCUAUUAGUGCAGCUGCCUCUUUAAGGCGAUGUUGGAACAAAUCAUGUCUGAGUGACUGUAGGGGGGAACCUGCCGGGACCUGGCAAGUUUCUCACUCCAGCAAAACAGAGAAUCAUCUGUUUUCUGGAGCAUAUUUCCAGAAAAAUAUAGUUUUCUGUCGUCUACUCUGCGCAAUGGAAGUUUCCCCCAGUUCUGCCCCCCAGAACGAACAGCCACCAAGAGAUGCCCCCCCCCUCUCGCGUCCCUUGGACACUUCCGGAUAAAGUCCCACCCUUUUGGGUCCACGUGGUAUGCAGCAGGGUCCAAGUAGCUGUGGCUGCUGGGUCUACGUGCAGCGUGGAUCCUAGGAUGGAGAGAGCCCAGUCCAACGGUGCUGCUCGGUUCUCUUGUCCCCCCAACUUUGCCGCGACGCAGCCAGCCUCAGAAUCCCCUCGUUUCUCCUUGGAAGCGCUGACAGGCCCAGAUACGGAACUGUGGCUUAUCCAGGCCCCUGCAGAGUUUACCCCAGACUGCCUCAAUGGACGGCGCGUGCCUCUCUCUGGCUCCCAGACUGUGAAAGGCAAGUUGGCAGGCAAGCGGCACCGUUAUCGAGUCCUCAGUAGCACCCAAGCUGGAGAAACAACCCUGCUGGCCCCCUCAGCGGAGGUGGGAGGUGGGCUCAUCUGUGCCCUAGCCCCCCGGGGCUGCCUAAGAAUCAUAGAGGGUCCACAAGAAUCCCUGUUAGGGACCCCUCUGCAGCCCAUUCCAGCAAGUCCUCCACCACAGAUCCCCCCUGGGCUGAAGCCUCGAUUCUGUGCCUUUGGAGGCAACCCACCAGUCACCGGGCCUGGGUCAGCCUUGGCACACAACUCACCCACUUCAGGAAAGAGAAAAAAGAAAAUGCAGAUUCGAGAGGCUUCAGUCACUCAGGAGGCAGUGAACGGGUAUGGAGCCCUGCAGAUGGACAGAAUGUUGCUGUCCCCAGAAAUUGAUGUGGAGAAGAAGAAGAAGAAGAAGAAGAAAAAGCAGCAGCUGAAUGAACCUAUGGCUGAGAUGCUGGAGACUCCAGGAAUGCUGUUCCCAUCCACCACUGAGAAGCAGCAGCCCAAAGCAGCAGAAACAUUUGAGCCAGAAGAAAAGACAGUGGAGCUCAAAGUCAUUAAAACUGAACCUUUGGAAGAAAUAGUCCUGUCCCCCACCAAGAAGAGAAAGAGGCCAAAGGAAACAAAAGGGAUGCAGCCAGUGGAAGGGAUGACAGUUGAAACUCAGAUGAAGAUGGCGCCACAGGAGGAAGCCAUCUCACUGUCUCCUGUGAAGAAAAGGAAAAAAGAAAAGUGGCAAAAUGCAAUGACAGAGCCAGGGACUAAGACUGUGGAGCCAGAGAUGAACUCUCAAGAGCUCCCUGGGGAGAUGAUAGAGCCCGAACUGCCCAAGGAAACUGAGCCUCAGGUGGAGGCAGCUCUGGUUUCCAUCAAGAAGAAGAAAGAAAAGCGGCAAAAUGUGAUGACAGAGCCAGGGACCGAGGUGGCAGAACCUGAGCUAGCAGUUGACCUUGUGCCUCAGUCAGAUCUAGCAUCCACCAAGAGGAGGAAGAAAGAGAGAGGUCACAAAGUGACGGAGCUGAUGACUGAGAUGAUUGCCCCACCAAGGGAGACAAUGGAGCCUGAGACCAAGGCAGCUCCAGGAUCCACCAAGAGGAGGAAGAAGCGGAGUCAGGAAGGAGAGAAGCCAGAGACAGCAUCCCCAAAGGAGAGGCCUGAGGUGCUGCUGAACCUAGAAUCUGGAGAGGUGACUCCCAUAGGAGGACAGGAGAAGAAAAGGAAGAAGCUGCAACAGGAUGCUAUGUAGUGUUCUCCAGGGAAACUAAGGAACUGAUCAAAGCUGAAGGUGGGCACCUGGGCCAGCAGAAGAACCCCUCCCUGGUGACCACACCAGCACAUCCAGCAGGAGCCUGGACUGGAAAAAUGCUUUAUUAUUAUACAAGGGAUCUCCUCAGUGGUUGGGGUCAUCGGGGCACUUUAAGGAAGGGCUCAUGCAGGACAUCAAACAGUCUCCGGGCCUAGAAGUGGGGGAGAAAAUGAGAUGCCAAUCAUUAAAUGAGCCAUACAUUUG